CAAAGCAUCCACGGGAUCGCAGCGCCGCGCCCAAAACCCAGUCUUUCCACUCCUCGCUAUAUUGGCAGAGGCAUCGACCGUUUGGCAGAAUUUACGAUGCUGCCUAUUUAAAUCCGACAACCAAACAGCCCUACCCAGUAAAACAGGAAGGAGUUUGGAAAAAACUUGUGCCGUGUUUUCCAUUUUGUGCAGAUAAUGGUGGAGCCUGUGAUUUUGGAUGAGAGCGGAUUCGAUGUAAAACUAAAUCUCCUUGCAAUUCAGAUCCCGCGGGAGGUCUCUAAGUCCGUGAGCCGCUUGUUGAACGGAUAUAUGCUUGAAAGGCCUCGUAUUAAACCCAUUACUGAAGAUUCAACGUCUGAGAAAAAUCGUUUGGUUUUGCUAUCUGAAAUGAUACAAAAUUCCGAUUUAUCGGAGAUUCCAUAUCAAAAGCGGGAUGAAUUAAGGGCUUUAUGCAAUUUUGAAGUAGUGCCCUAUUCUUUGACACUUGGGUAUUCCUAUUGGGGUGCAGAUCACAUCUUGAAGCAAGUACUACCAUCUGGUGUAGAGGCUCCUUCUUCUUUCGAAACUAUAGGUCAUAUUGCUCAUUUGAACAUAACUGAAGAGCUGCUUCCAUACAAGGAUAUCAUUGCAAGUGUCAUCUAUGAUAAAAACCAGCCGAAAAUUAAAACCGUGGUGAACAAGGUUGGAACCAUAACAAAUGAGUUUCGGGUGCCAAGUUUUGAAGUCCUCGCUGGAACAGAUAAUAUGGUAACUGAAGUUAAGCAAUACGGUGCUACAUUUAAACUUAAUUACAGUUUGGUUUAUUGGAACUCAAGACUCGAACAUGAGCACAUACGGUUAGUUUCGCAGUUCCAACCUGGAGAAAUCAUUUGUGACAUGUUUGCUGGAGUUGGUCCUUUCGCCAUCCCUGCAGCGCAAAGAGGAUGCUUUGUAUUUGCUAAUGAUUUGAAUCCUCAUAGUAUUCAUUAUUUAAAUAUCAAUGCGAAGAUUAACAAGGUGGAGAAUAAUAUUAUUGCUUAUAACAUGGAUGCUAGAGAAUUUAUGCGCCAUUUAAUGAUAGUAUCAAAAACUAAGCUUUAUAUUGAAAGUCCAGUAGUUGAAGGUCCAUCUGAAGGUGAGCUAUCUGAUGCCGGUAAAAUGUUGGAAAAUAGAACCACAUGUAAAGAAGACAUUGAUUAUGCAACCACAACAGCACAUCCUGCUGCUAAAAGACGGCCUACAUUUGGCGGGAAAGAUAAAAAGACUGAUGAUGGCUAUACAAAUGGAUCAAGUGAAAGAAAUGGAAAUUUUAACAAAAGGAUCAGAGGAUAUAAAUUUCCACCUCCUAAGAUAUGGGAACAUUUUGACCAUGUGAUAAUGAAUCUCCCGGCUGUUGCUUUACAAUUUCUCGAUGUUUUUAGGGAUCUCCUCCAACAAAGAUACUGGAAAGGCUCUCUACCUUUAUUGCACUGCUAUUUCUUUUUUCGGUCAGAUGAAAAUGCAGAAUCAAUAUUAGGCGAGGUGGAGGCUACAUUGAAGUUUAAGAUACAUAACCCAGUUUUUCAUCGAGUUCGGGAUGUCGCCCCCAAUAAGGCUAUGUUCUGUUUAAGUUUCAGAUUGCCUGCAGAAUCUUUGGUAGAAGAUGAGAGUAUCAAAUAUGAUCACAAGCCAUCUGAAUCCAAUCUAUAGCAUUUUACUGAGCCUUCAGAACAGGCUCUCUGUAUCGAGUUCUUUCAACCCAGAUGUGAUUUGAAUGAUUUCAAGGUUUUGCGCAUGAAGCUGGCUAGCACUUGUGAAUCCCAAAGGAACAAGCUUUGAAGCUGACAGGAACAUUCACAUACAUACCUCACAAUUUAAAUAUGUAUACAUAUCUAACACCUAAAUCCGAAUAAUAACACAACCGCUGAGAACAUAUGGCGAGAAAGCAUAAGAAAAUUAUGAUAUUAAUCUCGAGACACGGAAGCUCAAAUGAAAAUUUGAGCACUUAAGGGAUGGCUUACCAGCCUCAAUAAUUUUGUCAACUUUUGCUUCACUAAUUCUGUAUAGUAGCAUGC